AUGGUGUUGCAAUACUUGCAUAAGCAAUAUUACAGACCAUUUUAUACAUAUUGCGAGAAAACCGUCGUCCAUCAUGAUUUCUUUGACUUUCCGAAACGAUAUUUCUCCAAUUUGCCCCCAUUCACAAGAAUAAACUUGCCUGCCCUGUCUCCGACGAUGGAAGAAGGGGGUGUGGCGAGUUGGGUCAAGAAAGAGGGCGACAAAAUCAGUCCCGGUGACGUUUUGGCCGAAAUAGAAACAGACAAGGCCACGAUGGGAUUUGAAAGUCAGCAAGACGGAUAUUUGGCGAAGAUCAUCAUACCAGCCGGCACCAAAAACAUUCCCGUCGGUAAACUUUUGUGCAUCAUAGUCGAUAAUCAAGCAGACGUUGCGAAAUUCAAGGAUUUCAAAGAUGACACUCCAGUUCCAAAAGCUGACGCUCCACCUCCUUCUCCUCCCGUCGAAAGGAUCACUGCAACCGUGCCGAAACGGGACAGUCCCAUGGCUUCGCGACUUGCGGAACUCAGCAAAUCGAGGAAGGCAGAUGAAACCGCCUUGGAGAAAAUCCUACCUCCUGAGUUAAGUACUCCUAAUUUCUCGGACAUUCCUUUGUCAAACUUUCGAAAGAUUUCUGCGAAUAAAUUUUUGGAGUCCAAGACCACCACCCCCCAUUACUAUUUAUCUAUAGAUUGCUUGCUCAACAAAGUCAUGAGGACCCGUCAAAAACUUAACGAAGAACUGCGAAACAAAAGAAUCGAGCUCACCAUCAACGAAUUUAUAGUUAAGGCGGUCGCGAUAGCUUCAAUCAAAAUUCCCGAGGUCAACUCCUUCUGGCACGAGAGCUUCAUUCGUCAGUACGGGGAGGUGGACGUUAACUGGGCCAUUACGACGGAAAAAGGCCUCCUUACUCCGGUCGUGCUUCAAGCUAAUAAGAAAAGCCUUCCGGAAAUCAGCGAAGCGUUGAAGACACUAGCGGAAAAGGCCAAACAGGGUUUACUCACUCCUCAGGAGUGCAACGGUGGCACCAUAUGCGUUUCCAACUUGAGCAUGUACGACGUCAACCGGUACUAUGCUAUAAUCAAUCCACCUCAGAGUACAAUUGUGUCGGUGGGUGCGAUAGACGAAACCGUUGGGCUUGAUUCGAAUGGGAAAAUGCAGCCUAUCGAAUUGGUAACCGUGCAUCUAAGCUGUGACCAUCGGGUCGUCGAUGGAGCCGUGGCAGCGCAGUGGAUACAAGUCUUCAAGAGCUGCAUAGAAAACCCCGAGCAGCUGUUACCCUAA